AUGGGAGAGAUAGAAGGAACAUACAGAGUCCUGCAGACUCCUGGCUCUCGUUUGGGUGUUCAGAAGGCUACAGGAGUGAGCACCUUGGAGACAGGACAGAACUUCUCUACUGCAAUGGCAUCAUUGCCUGCCAAAACACAUGAGAGGGACUUACCCAUCAAAAUAAAGAUGUUGGACAACACAGUGGAAGUGCUUGACAUUGAGUCAAAAUACUAUGGCCAGACAUUGUUGACAGAAGUUUACAAGCAUCUGAAUUUGAUAGAAUCAGAUUACUUUGGGAUUGAGUUCCAGAACAUCCAGUCAUAUUGGAUUUGGCUGGAACCUAUGAAACCUGUCAUUAAACAAGUACGGAGACCAAAGACAACAAUGCUUCGUCUAGCUGUCAAGUUUUUCCCUCCAGACCCGGGUCAGUUGCAAGAGGAAUAUACAAGGUACCUGUUUGCUUUGCAAAUCAAGAGAGAUUUGGCAGAGGAACGACUGACCUGCAGUGACAAUACAGCUGCUCUUCUGGUCUCUCACCUCCUGCAAUCUGAAAUAGGGGAUUUUGAUGAAUCAGAGGAUCGAGAACACCUUAAAACAAACCAGUAUUUGCCAAACCAGGAAAGGAUUGAAGGAAAGAUUCUGGAGUUCCACAGGAAGCAUGUGGGCCAAACUCCUGCAGAAUCUGACUUUCAAGUUCUUGAAAUUGCUCGGAAGCUGGAGAUGUAUGGCAUCAGAUUCCACCUUGCAUCUGACCGUGAGGGCACCAAAAUUAAUCUAGCUGUUUCACACAUGGGUGUGCUGGUAUUCCAGGGUAAUACGAAAAUCAACACCUUCAACUGGUCAAAGGUCCGUAAACUGAGCUUCAAGAGGAAAAGAUUCCUUAUUAAACUUCACCCAGAGGUCUGUGGCCCAUAUCAAGACACGUUGGAGUUUCUUUUGGGAAGUAGGGACGAAUGUAAAAACUUCUGGAAAAUCUGUGUUGAAUAUCACACCUUCUUUAGGCUCUUUGAUCAGCCAAAGCCAAAGGCUAAAGCAGUGUUCUUCACCAGAGGGUCAUCCUUCAGAUACAGUGGACGAACUCAGAAGCAACUAGUGGAUUAUAUUAAGGACAGUGGGAUGAAGAAAACCCCAUAUGAAAGGAGGCACAGCAAAGCCAGAGCAUCCACUCGCGUUUCGAACACCAACGUGCCGAAACAGAGUAUCCCAUUCACUGAGGGCUUGAGAACCCCAGGGUCUCCUGCCUCAGCAGCUGCCCCCUUCCACUCAGUUCACUCAUCGGCCACUCCUCCUGUCCUGCCCAUCUUUGCAGAAACCAACCCUUCCUCUUUGGAUCCCCGAGCACCAUAUACAAGGAUCCCAGAAAAAAACACUGCAGCACCUGCAGAAGAAGUGGGGAGGAAACUGAUGCAGCAGCCUGGAUCUCCCAUGCUCCAAGGUUUCUAUGGCCUCCCAGUGGACCAUCCUCAGCUCUCUUCCCUCAUGCUGAAGAGUUCCCUGGGCUUGAACCCAGCGUUUCAGGUGAACUUGAAUGCAGCUGGCCAGGGUUCAUCUCCUCUUCUGAGUCCUGUCCUCAGUGAUGCUGGUGGUGCCAGGAUAGAAGAGGACGACGAAAUGAAACGUAAGCGUUUUCCAGCUGACAAGGCCUAUUUCAUAGCAAAGGAGAUUCUCGCUACAGAACGGACCUAUUUAAAGGACCUGGAAGUUAUUACAGUGUGGUUUCGCAGUGCAGUCAUCAAGGAGAAUGCUAUGCCAGAGGGCCUGAUGACAUUACUCUUCUCUAACAUAGACCCAAUUUAUGAGUUUCAUCGAGGCUUUCUGAAAGAGAUUGAGCAAAGACUGUCACUCUGGGAAGGAAAAACCAAUGCUCACGUGAAGGGAGAUUAUCAGCGCAUCGGAGAUGUGAUGCUCAGGAAUAUGCGCACUCUGAAGGAGUUUACCAGUUACCUGCAGAAGCACGACGAGGUCCUGACAGAACUGGAGAAAGCAACUAAACGCCUAAAGAAGCUGGAAAUGGUUUAUAAGGAGUUUGAGCUGCAGAAGGUUUGCUACCUGCCCCUCAACACCUUUCUGCUCAAGCCAAUCCAGAGGCUGAUGCACUACAAGUUGAUCCUGGGGAGACUUUGCAAGCACUACACAGCAGAGCACCGGGACUUUGUAGAUUGCAGGAGUGCACUGAAGGAGGUGACAGAAAUGACAUCUCAGCUGCAGCACAGUCUGAUCCGCCUGGAGAAUUUCCAGAAGCUGACAGAGCUGCAGCAUGACUUGAUUGGUAUAGAUAACCUCACAGCACCUGGGAGGGAGUUCAUCAGGGAAGGUUGCUUGUACAAGCUCACCAAGAAGGGUUUGCAGCAGCGGAUGUUCUUUCUGUUCUCAGAUAUGUUACUGUACACAAGCAAAGGGGUUACAGGGACAAAUCAGUUCAAAAUCCAUGGACACCUUCCUCUGCAUGGCAUGUUGGUGGAGGAGAGUGAGAAUGAAUGGGCUGUCCCACACUGCUUCACCAUCUAUUCAGCACAAAAAACCAUAGUGGUGGCAGCAAGUACUCGCUUGGAGAUGGGGAAGUGGAUGGAAGACCUGAACAUGGCAAUUGAAAUGGCCAAGAAAUCUACUGAGAAAUCUGACAUGCUUCUGGAAAACUCUCUAUGCAAUCGCUCCAACAGAUCCUCUGAUGAGGUCUCUCUAGAGCAGGAGUCUGAAGAUGACAUACACUCUUCUCGUAGCUCCCUGGACAGGCAGAGCCACCACCGUGCCAACACAACCAUGCACGUAUGCUGGUACCGCAACACCAGCGUCUCCAUGACUGACCACAGUGUGGCUGUCGAGAACCAGCUCUCUGGAUACUUGCUGAGGAAGUUCAAGAACAGCAAUGGCUGGCAGAAACUGUGGGUUGUCUUCACCAACUUCUGCUUGUUCUUCUACAAAACACAUCAGGAUGAUUAUCCCUUGGCCAGUCUCCCACUGCUGGGCUAUGCAGUCAGCUCCCCUCUGGAGGCAGAUGGCAUUCAGAAGGAUUUUGUCUUCAAGCUGCAGUUCAAGUCCCAUGUGUAUUUCUUCAGGGCAGAGAGCAAAUACACCUUUGAGAGGUGGAUGGAGGUGAUCAAGAGAGCCACCAGUACUCCAGCCAGGUCGAGCCUGCUGCUCCCAAAGGAUGAGAAGGACAGUCACACAGACUGA